AUGCAGGAUAUAUUCACGUUAAAAACUUGGAUACCACCUGAUUAUGAAAUUGAUGAAACGUUUUCAGAAAUAAAAAAAAAAGGAAAAGAAUUUUUAUGGUUUCAUUUAUUUAUUCGACAAAACAAACUUCAAAACACGUCACUUCAUUCUCUUUUGAGUCCUUUUCAUUUGGAAACUAUUAAACUCUUGCAAAUAGCACUUCAUAAUGUUUUUCCUAAUCUAUAUCCGUCUAUGGCAUCAACAACUCUUUCACAAUCUGAUUCUUCUUUUAAAAAACUUCAAUCUGCUAUCAAAAAGGAAAAUACUCCCAUAAAUAGUAUUCAAAGAAAAAAACGCGAAAUUGAUAUGAUAUUAUAUGAUAAUACUGAUGACGAAGAGGAACAUAUUCAAUCUGGUAUUCAUUUAGAUCCGUCUGGAAAAAUCUUUUCACCAUUAAGUAUUCAAGCAUUAAUGUUGAAAUAUAAUGCUUGUUCAACAAGCAUUAUACACAGCUAA